UAAGAUAGCGAGCUGCGCAGCUUCAUAAUUUAUGUAUGCACGUGGUCCAUUACCGGAUUUAUUAAGAGGAGUCGCAGACGCUCUGUUCUUGUUGCAUCACGACUUUUGUCUGCAAGCCAAUAUUCCACGGCUGCCACCGAAUGUUUUCCCCAAGUCUACAAGCAAAAUGCAUCCAUUACAAGAUAUCGGGAAUACGUACAACGUAAAUCUGUUCUAAUAGAUUAUGAUGUACGCGCCCGAGGCUGUAAACGGAGCAGCUCGGUGCCUUGGCCGCUUCGGAGCCGCCGCGCCCUCGACUCUUCGAGCACGAGGCCCGGCACAGAGUCAUCAGCCCACUAAACACUUCAACCUGGCCAUCAGCAUCAGCGCUGAGCUCCGAAAAUGUCCGGGGACCAGUCUAAUCAUCCUGCAGGCGCAGUCUUCCGGGGUCCAGGACUACCCAGCUCCGAAGUCCAGAGCAGACGCAGAUAAACGCAUCGCUCCUAAGGCUGGGACCAGGUUCCACCGCAGGAGGUCCGCCCGCUAUCGCGUGAAGCGCAGGCGAACGUCAUCACAUACCUACGAUGAUACCGAUGCCAGCGACCUGGCCCUCUGGCAAGAAGACCCAGCUCCCGCUGUCGUCCAUUCCACCCCCUCCUCCUCCAUAUCCCUUGCAUCACGAACCUUUACCGGCAAAAACGCGCAAGGGCCCAGCGGUUCGGGUCCGCCCUCUGGAUUCCCCCUCUCCCCCGCCACCGCGCGCGCGCUGGCACGAGGCUUCCGUCCCGUAGACCUGGCGCUCGCUAGCGCAGGGCCACUGGAGGUAUGGUGUGGUAACCGCUCCGAAACGUUUCACAGCGCUCCAUCCUCGUCCACUACCACGGCCACCAGCACCGCCAGCACCACGACCAUCACAACCAUCGCUUCAGAGCGACAGCCUCCACAACACCAGCUGCACCCGCUUGCAGGCGCAGCGAGCGCGCUCCGUCAGCAGCAUGUCGCGUCGCACCCUCUCGGGUCCGAAAUUGGCGGCGGCAGUGGCGCCACCGCCGCCGCCGCCGCCGCCGCGCUCGGGUCCGAUCCACGUGGCGGCGGAGGCCGCCUUGCUGACGGCAGCGGCAAUGACAUGCUGGCGACCAGUACGGCCAGUACGACAUCACAAACGGUGAUGUCUCGACUUGGGGGAGGUAUAGGCGCCGGCAGGGAGUGCGCGAUGCCCGGCAGCAACAGCGGCGGCGGCGGCGGCGUCAGCAGUGGCGGUGAUGGCGACGUGGAUGUGGAUGUGGUGCUCCUAGGACCAUCUGGACGACCCCGAGAUCUGAGUGUGCUGGUGGCGGCGGUGGAGCGGCUGGUGCACCGACCCGCGGGUCGCGGCCGUGUGGGCUGUGUGGUUGUGGGCCCCAGCAGAGAGCGAGUGGAGGCGCUACAGGAGGCGGCGUUCACGUUGCUGGCGGAGCGCGGAGGAGGGCCGGAGGCCAUGCACGUCAUGGCCAUCCACGGGGGCACCAGCUUCCGUGAAGAUGUUUCUGGACUUCGCUCCCAGCCCCCCGAUCUGCUGCUGACCACUCCAGGGAGGAUGUUGGAGCUGCUGACUACCGACCAGGUGCAGCUAGGCCACCUGUUCGAAUCCUUACGGGUGCUGGUCUUUGACGGCGCGGAGGUGCUGUCCUCCCGGGCCUUCCGGCCGCAGGUGGAGAGGCUGCUGCGGCUGCUGCCCAACGCGGCCCUCUGCACCACUACGGCAUCGCCGCGGAGGAGGGUUCCGGAGCGAAGGGGGGCAGUUGCGGCGGCGGCGGGAAGGACGGCGGGAGGGUACGUGUCCCGCGCCGUGACGCUCGUUGCCGCCGCCGCUGCCGCCAACACUUUUGCCAGCGUCGCUGAAUACGCAACUGCUGGCGGCGGCGUGACGUCACUGCCGGCAGCGCCGCUGUUUGAGGUAUCUCGCCCGCUGAGGACGCAGCAACCUCCACCAGCAACACUGUUGGCGCGCCAAGGCCUCCAGGGCACGGCGGCGCCGGUCGCGGCCUCGACUAGCGGUGCCACCGCUGCCGCCGACGGCUCCUCUUUGCAGUUUGAUCUCAAGUCUCUGACCGGGCUGGCGCUUCGAAGCGGCUUUGCGACGUUCACGCUCCCCGGCAAUGCUGACGGCGGCAAACGCACCUUGGCCGCGGCUGUCGCGACGGCGCUUGACGGCAGCACUUGGGUGCCGCCAUGUGCCGUGCAGAGCGGGGGCGCCGUUACAGUGCCCUCGGCACGAGAGGUUGGAACCGUCGUCAGCCCGCUCGGCGCGGCGACAGCGCCGCCGCCGCCGUUUCAUCAUCAGCUGGUGCCCCUGCACGUCUUGGCCGUGCCGUACGAAGAGCACCUGCCGUACCUUUACGUUGUUGUACGACAACACAUGCUGUCCGAGGGGCGCCACAAGAUCGUCGUACAGUUCCCAAGCGCCCAUUUGGCCAACCUGUAUGCCCGGCUGUUCCAGGCACUGGGUUUCCCUGCCGCCUGCGCGCACAGCCGCAAGGGCCGUGUGGGCCGUCAGGAGGCGGUCCGGGACUUCUCCGCCGCCCACCGGGGGCUGCUGUUCUGCACCGAGAUGGGAUCCGGGGGGCUGGACGGGGCGAGCUGCGGACUGACCCUGAUGGUUUGGGUGGGUCUGCCACGGCAACCAGGACAGCUUGUGCAGUACAUGGCUGCCGUACAGCAAGCUGCAACUGCUGCUGCUGCCGCUGCGGCGGCGACGCUGCCGACGGCAAUGGCCAGCGGCGUAGCUGCUGCGGCGGCGGCACAGCAGCGACAGGGGCUACGUGAUGUCCGCAACCAAGGCCCUGGCAUUGUCGAUGCCACCGCCGCCACGGGUGAUGCAGCGGCUGCCAAGAAUGAUACGAGUGCCGUGGCGGCGGAUGCUAAUGCUCGUGUUCCUGCCGCGCGCGAGGUAGCGGCGGCAGAAGGCCGUCCGCCGUCACCGUCGUCGCCGCCACGUUGCCUUCUGGUUCUGAACGACGUGGAGGCGCCGCGGGUGGUGGCAUUGGCGGCGGGAGAGGCACUGGCGGCCGCUGGGCUGGGGCGCGUGGUGCCGGUGCAGCCCGGCGCCUGGUCUGGGCCUCUGGAGGACGUGUCCCGUCUCGUCCAGAAGGCCCUUACCCGGGUGCCCCCCGAUGUGAAGCUCAAGGGCUUGGAGGGGCUGUUGGGUCACAUGUGGGCGACCAGGACGAGCACGGUAGCGCCGGGGACGGCGUGGGGGCCGGCAGUGUCGGUGUCCGCCGCUGGCGGCAGCGGCGGCGGCGGAUGGCCUAGCUGGGUUGCUCUGGGUGCGGGUCUGGGGCCUCAGCCGGAGCAGCAACUCGGUGCCUGGGCUCGGCGGUUCGCUGAAGCCAUGGGUCUGCCUCAGCCGCCGCUGCUCUCUCGCCACGUAGCCGCGAGAAUGGGCCUUCGCAGCAUCCCUGGAGUCAACAUGGUGGAUUUCCAUAUUGGCCGACCGCCACCGCCAGGCACGGUCCCGACAACGACGACGGUGACGCCACAAGCGCCGCCGCCUCCGUCGGCAGGUUUGAGGUUGGCCGUACGGUUGCAACUGCAGCGGCAGCGGCGACGGGAACGGGAGAUCCAGCAGAUGAUAAAUGGCGAGCAGCGCCAGUUGAUGUUGCAGCAGGUAAAGAGGGAGAAGGAGAAGAAGCGGCUGCAGCAGGAGGAGGAGCGAAAACGUCAGCAGGAGGAAGCUAGGCUAAAGCGGCAGGAGCGGCAGCAGCUGUUGCGUGAGGAGCGGCCCAAGUUGCACCCACCAUCGGUCAUUGGGCGCUAUCGCUGGUUUAGGGCGCUGAAGCGUGCCCAGAAGAAGGACGCAAUCCGGGAUAGUAAGCACAGCUACCCACAGCAGCUGUCAGGCUUGCGUCGACGGCGCUGCCAACUAGGGCUUGUUCCCUGUCGGCAACGUGGCGUCGUGGGCAGCUGA